UAUUCUUUGUUGUAUUGCUCUUUGAAUUUCUUAUACAUAUUAUGGUGGGUUGGGAUAACUUCAGAUUUUAAUUUUCCUUCCUUGUCUAACAUUUUUUCCCAUUAUAAUUUCAAUUAUUUUCUAUAGGCACAACCUGAAUGAUUUUAAAAAGAUUUAUUUGAGGAUGUAGGAAGCCACAGGUAGUGGCUAGGUAGAUAACGUGAUUCUUUAAGACUUUUUACAAGAAAGAAACUCUUACAUUUUGUUAGAAAUAGUAAAUAUGGAAUAAAUGAAAUAAUUCUUGAAAAGGAGACUCAUACAAAAAGCUAGAAGGAGCUAAUAAUAGAGGUGAGGAAUUGAGUAAGUGAUAGUCGUUCAGUGGUACUUGACUCUUUGAGACCCCAUGGACUGUAAGCCUGCCACACUCUGUCCAUGGAAUGCUCCAGGCAAGAAUACUGGAGUGGUUGCCAUUUUCUUUUCCAGAUGUAAAAUUAUGGCAAAUAAAAUGCAUAGCUUCACAUCAGCAGUCUUUUGACUUAAAAAAAGUCUUCUGAAACGGGCUGUAUUAAAGCAGAUGUAAGUAAUCUUCCUUAGGAAAGGAACACAGAAGGAGGCGUAUUUUGACAAUCAGACUCUGUAUUAGACCCUUUCAUAUUUGCUAUUCUUAUUAGAUCUUCCGAGAACACCAUAGAAAGCCAUUUUCACAAAUGCGGGAACAAGUUCAAAAGUUAUAUAACUUGACCACAUACCUAGUAAGUGGCAAAGUCAUUCUUGGAACCCAGGAACUCAUAUAUAGGCUUCAAGGCAUCUAUGAAUUCCCUGAAAUUAUAUACAUUAUCUUUUAUCACAUUUGCAAAGGAGUACACAAUCCCCUUAAUGAAAGGGCUAUUGCACGACAUGAAGUUCGAGAGAUUGAGCAGCGACAUACCAUGGAUGGCCCUCGGCAAGAUGUAGCUUUAGAUGAGGAAGACGACAUGGUGAUCAUUUAUAACAGAGUCCCCAAAACUGCAAGCACCUCUUUUACCAAUAUUGCCUAUGACCUGUGUGCAAAGAAUAAAUACCAUGUUCUUCACAUCAACACUACCAAAAAUAAUCCAGUGAUGUCACUGCAAGAUCAGGUGCGCUUUGUAAAGAAUAUAACUUCCUGGAAAGAGAUGAAACCAGGGUUUUAUCAUGGGCACAUUUCUUACUUGGAUUUUGCAAAAUUUGGAGUGAAGAAAAAGCCUAUUUACAUUAAUGUCAUAAGGGAUCCUAUUGAGAGGCUAGUUUCUUACUAUUACUUUCUGAGAUUUGGAGAUGAUUAUAGACCAGGAUUAAGAAGACGAAAACAAGGAGACAAAAAGACCUUUGAUGAAUGUGUAGCCGAGGGAGGCUCAGACUGUGCUCCAGAGAAGCUCUGGCUUCAAAUCCCCUUCUUCUGUGGUCACAGCUCGGAAUGCUGGAAUGUGGGAAGCAGGUGGGCUAUGGAUCAAGCCAAGUAUAACCUAAUUAAUGAAUACUUUCUGGUGGGAGUAACUGAAGAGCUUGAAGAUUUUAUCAUGUUACUGGAGGCAGCUUUACCCCGGUUCUUCAGGGGUGCUACAGAACUCUAUCGUACAGUAGGAAAGAAAUCUCAUCUUAGGAAAACCACAGAGAAGAAACUCCCUACUAAACAAACCAUUGCAAAGCUACAGCAGUCUGACAUUUGGAAGAUGGAGAACGAGUUCUAUGAGUUUGCACUAGAGCAGUUCCAGUUCAUCAGAGCCCACGCUGUACGAGAAAAGGAUGGAGACCUCUACAUCCUCGCACAGAACUUUUUCUAUGAAAAAAUUUACCCUAAAUCGAACUGAGUACAAGGCGUGGCAGUUAGAUUCUUGAACUACAACUUCGACCUUGUCUUUUUUUUUUUUCGACCUUGUCUUUACUUUAGUUCUCAGCUCCACAGCUUGGAUUGUUGAUGGAUAUAUAAGACACUUUGCGUUAGGAUACAGACAGUGACGUCAAGGAAGUAGAUUCUGGCUGAUACGUCAGUGGUCCAGGAAGUUUAAGUUUCAGCCUAUUUUUUUCUGGUUAAAUUUUGGUGGGAGUUAUAACCUCCUGCCUGGACAAAACCUACCCAUCACCUAAAAUAAAUACCUAGCAGGUCUAAUUGAAGGCUAAAAGCAGUUACAGAAAAGUUCUGAUACUCUGUUUUUGAUAAAGCAUUUUUUUCAACUAACCAUCAAUGAAGAUGACUCCAUCUGCUUCUUCGCCUGAGGUUUGGGUUGUACUCCUCUACUGUCUAGUGUUAUUAACUGUUUGGCAGUGUGUGCCUUGUUUUCGAAUGUUUGAUCACGGUUGCUAAAAAUGUUUCUGCUGUAGUUGGAAUUGCCCAUAUUUAUGUAGGUCAUUUUAAUUUUAUUUUAAAAGUUGAUUAUUGGUGUUAAAAACCAGUUUAAAUCAUUAUUAAUACUGUAUAAAGAAUCAAAGCAGUAUUUCUUAUUCCUGUCUCCCCCAGUAUCUAAGAUUGGGGAAAAACUUCAGAGAAUGUUGACAUUGCCUAAAGUUUUUUUUUUCCCCACAAAAAUAUUUUCCUUUAAGAAAGAUUUUCUCAUCAUGUUUAAUGGGAGAAAACUAAAAUGAAAUAUAAACAGUUCAAUAGGGAAAUUUUGACUUAUAUUUUCUCUUCAAAAUCUACACAUGUUCUUGUGAUGUUUUCAAAAGUAGGUCCUGAUAUAGAUUUGACUCAUCUGUGGAUCCCAGGGGAGACACUCUAUGGGAUCCAGAUUCAAAUUCAGCAGCAGCUUCUUCUAGUUCUCUAGUUUUAUUCUGACCUCUGCCUGCCUUUUAUUAGUUUUGUCUAGUUUGUUUGCCAAUGACUUUCUAACUUUUCGUUCUUCUAGGUAGAGUUGUUUAUAUUUUCCCAAUUCUGCUUUUUAUUAGAAACUUCUUAAAAGGUUUUCAUCUUGGAGAGUUCAGAUUCCAAGUCUUUAAUUCUGAGUUCCGUCUGACUUUUUCAGUUCAGUCGCUCAGUCUUAUCCGACUCUGCAACCCCAUGGACUGCAGCAUGCCAGGCUUCCCUGUCCAUCACCAACUCCCGGAGCUUGCUAAAACUCAUGACCAUUGAGUCAGUGAUG